GGUGGGGGGGGAUGGCUGGGGCUCCGAGCUGAGGCGGGGACGGGUGGGCUGAGCUGAAGCGGGAGCCAGAGCCGGAACCGAGCCUGAGCCGGAGCCCGAGCGGUGCGUCCGCGCGCUGAUGGGCCGGGGCUGACGGCGUGUCACCGCCUCCUGCAGGACCCACCUCGCCUUCCUCUGGGGCUCAGCGGAUGCUCCGGGUCAGGCACCGAUCGGCUUGGGGUGCAGGUCCGAAUCUCCUCGGCUCCCCCGCCUCAGCCGCGCUACCAUGUCCACGCAGAGACUUCGGAACGAGGAUUACAAUGACUACAGCUCCACGGACGUGAGCCCAGAGGAGAGCCCAUCCGAAGGCCUAAACAACUUCUCUUCCCCUGGCUCUUACCAGCGGUUUGGGGAAAGCAACAGCACAACAUGGUUCCAGACUUUGGUCCACUUGCUAAAAGGCAACAUUGGCACCGGCCUCCUGGGGCUGCCUCUGGCAGUGAAGAAUGCAGGCAUCUUGAUGGGUCCCCUCAGCCUGCUGGUGAUAGGCAUCGUGGCUGUGCACUGCAUGGGUAUCCUGGUGAAAUGUGCUCACCACUUCUGCCACAGACUGAACAAGCCCUUUGUGGACUAUGGGGACACAGUGAUGUACGGACUGGAAUCCAGCCCCAGCUCCUGGCUCCGGAACCACGCGCACUGGGGAAGGCACCUGGUGGACUUCUUCCUGAUUGUCACGCAGCUGGGGUUCUGCUGUGUCUACUUUGUCUUUCUGGCUGACAACUUUAAACAGGUGAUUGAAGCGGCCAAUGGGACCACCAACAACUGCCACAACAAUGAGACUGUGAUUCUGACGCCCACCAUGGACUCCCGACUCUACAUGCUCACCUUCCUGCCCUUCCUGGUGCUGCUGGUUUUUGUCAGGAACCUCCGAGCCCUGUCCAUCUUCUCUCUCUUGGCCAACAUCACCAUGCUGGUUAGCCUGGUUAUGCUCUACCAGUUCAUUGUCCAGAAUAUCCCAGACCCCAGCCGCCUCCCCUUGGUGGCUCCCUGGAAGACCUACCCUCUGUUCUUUGGCACGGCCAUUUUUGCAUUUGAAGGCAUUGGGAUGGUUCUGCCCCUUGAAAACAAAAUGAAGGAUCCUCAGAAAUUUCCGGUCAUCCUGUACGUGGGAAUGGCCAUCAUCACCGCCCUGUACAUCAGUCUGGGGUGCCUGGGGUACCUGCAGUUUGGAGCUAACAUCCAAGGCAGCAUAACCCUCAACCUGCCCAAUUGUUGGCUGUACCAGUCGGUCAAGCUGCUCUACUCCAUUGGCAUCUUCUUCACCUACGCCCUCCAGUUCUACGUCCCGGCCGAGAUCAUCAUCCCCUUCUUCGUGUCCCGCGUGCCCGAGCACUGCGAGCUGGUGGUAGACCUGUUCGUGCGCACUGUGCUGGUCUGCCUGACAUGCGUCUUGGCCAUCCUCAUCCCCCGCCUGGACCUGGUCAUCUCCCUGGUGGGGUCCGUGAGCAGCAGCGCCCUGGCCCUCAUCAUCCCGCCCCUUCUGGAGAUCACCACCUACUACUCGGAGGGCAUGAGCCCCAUCACCAUCGCCAAGGACGCCCUGAUCAGCAUCCUGGGCUUCGUGGGCUUUGUGGUGGGGACCUAUGAGGCCCUCUACGAGCUGAUCCAGCCAAGCAGUGCUCCUGUCUUCAUCAACUCCACCAGUGCCUUUGUAUAGCGAUCUGCCCGCCCCGCCCCUGUGUGUUCCCCAGCCCCUGGCCCCAGAGCCUCAGAUAGGGUCCGGGCUCUGGGGAAAGGUGAGGUUGCUGUCCAGGAGCCCCUCUACCUGGCAGCUGGGUGCCCUGGGCCAGGUAGGGCUGGGGGCACAGGAGAGAGUGGGUAGCAGAUAUGCAGAGGCCCCUCUUAGUGGCAGGGCCACCCCUGUUCAUUUGUACUUACAUUAACCCAGAACUUUGCAACUCUUUUCCCUCAUCCUGUCUCCUCCCUUACCUGCCUCCCUCCUUCUGACCCACCUCACCCAAUUAUUCCUGUUGCACAGCUCACUUUAUUUAAAAAUCUUAGCAUCCCCCACCUCCUGUUUUCUCCUUUCCAGGCCCAGGCCUGGAUUAAAUGACUGGGAAGGCUGGGCCUCUCUCUUUCUCAUACCUCUCCCAGAUAUUUUACCUCAGUUUCCUCCAACCUGUUCAAGUCUCCAGGAGGUGCCUGGACCUACCUAGUAGUUAAAAACCAGCCUUCCAGAGCUGGAGCUUUUAAUCUUUACUCUCUCUGCCUGUGACCCUUGGCAACACCUCCUCCAAAUUCCUCGUGUGGGUCACAGUGUUGUAUUCUUAGAUGCUUUAGCUUCCGAAAGAUAUCAAGUCCUGCCUAAAUUGAAAAUAUUUAUAUUUUAUUUAAAAUUAGCUUCUGUUUUUAGAUUGUCUCUAGAUCUGGGGUUAUUGUGGAUUGUUUCUUCCUCAGUAAGCUUUUACUAGGUUUCUCCUGCUGAAAAGAAACUUGCUCUAGGAAAUGUGUGCUUAGGUCCUCAGCACCCUUGUCUGAGUACCCCAGAGGUUUUAAUCAGGAUCAUUUUCACGUGUACCUCUGUGGGGAGGUAUGGACUUUGCCUCCCACUGACCAGCCUGGUUUCAUAUUGAGAAGACACGCAGGACUCAGGAUAUGUUUGCCAGUGCACUGGGCUGAGGAAGGAUGGCCGAGUGGGAUGUGCUACUUUCCGCAGGAGGCUUAUACAAUGGUCGUGUCGUGCGCUGAGGCCUGUUUUUCAGCCUCGGCCCCCGACGGGCACAUGGCACGCUAGCGUUCAGUUGCCAGCACGUCGGGAGGACACCCACACUUCGCCGUGGAUGAGAAGACGGGGCCAGUGAGCACAGAGCGUGAAGUUCAGUUCACAGAAUUAAGAAGCAGCUGGUCUGACACUACACGUGGUGCUUGGUUGUUUACAAUCAACGGGGGACAGGCGGGAAGCAGCUCCCCACCCCGGGCUGCCUCCACGACCUGGACUUCUUCUAAAGGGAACCACUCGGUAGGGACUUCGGUCCCGUAUGUUUUAAACACUAAUCGUGACCCCGUCCCUCCCCCUGCAUGCCUCCCUGAGUGUCAGAAAUAGCCUCGGUGUUGGCUCACCUCAAGGCCAGCCUUCAGAUUUGGGAACAAACUGUGGAGAAAGCAGAGAAAGGUUCAUGGCCUUGCUUUUGGCUGCCUUUUCUCCCCCCUGUUGGUGUGAGAAGUAUUUCAGAAGGCAUUCAUUAAGUCUCUAUCCCCUGAGCUGUGUGUGUGUGUGUGUGUGUGUGUGUGUGUUUGUUCAUGUGUGUGCAAUAGGGUCCUGCUGUCCUCCUCUCCUGUCACCAGGCCGUUUCUGACCUGGAGACACAGUUCGCCCUGAAAGUUGGAGAGCAUCGUAGCUUCAUCAGGGUCCUGUUUGUUUGUGUUUCCCCAAAGCUUGUAAGGGCUCUGACCGCCCCCGCCCCCGCCCCAGCCUGGCUUUUUCUCUCUCUUCUGUUCCAAAGCCAAAUUCUCAUUGCAAUGACUCCCAGCCUACUAAUAAUUUAUGAACUUUAGGGAGAUGGGAUCACUUGUGACUUGGUCUCCCUUAGGAGAAUGACGGUUUUCACCCACCCUUUCUGUGGUCACCAGUAGGUGCUUAUGGGACUCAGAUUCUAGCUGAAGGGGGCAGCGGCCCUGCCCUGUGAAACCUCAGGUGCAGAAGGUACCAAAGUGGGUUCAAGAGUUGCACUCAUCUGUUUGCAAGCCCUGGGCUCCAGCCGUCUUUCCACGGCAGUCCUGAGAGUUGUUUUCAGUGAGAAGGCACAUGCCAGAAGAAGGGAAUCAGAUGUGUGUCCUGCCCACAGCCUCUGUGCUAGAGGCCUCUGUAACUCAGGGAGCUGCUAGAGGCCAUCCUGUCCGGUGGGUAGCAAGACUUGACCUGAGGACUGGGUGGCACAAAACAGUGGUCCUCUGGUCCCAGGUCUUAGCAAAAUGCAGACUACUGUUUCAGGGUCCCUGGCCUAGAAAACGUGUGUGGGAGAGACGGCACCACUAGCUUUGGGGCUUCUGGAAGCUAAUUUGGCACAGCCUUGUCCCCGUUUGAUCUUUUUCCUGUGCUCCUGCUGCUUCAGAAGAGCCAGGCAAGGGGGGCCCUGUCCAUGGGCCUUUCCGGUUGUGAGGUUGUCAAGUAAAGGGUCAGCCAGAAGAUGGAGGGUAGGGGGAAGCAGCCCUCUGGGCCAGCUCAGGAUAGCUUGCUCUUCUGCCCACGAGGCUUCUGCAGUCAGGGGGCCUUCCCUUUCUAUCCAUGGCUCAUCAGGAACCAGCUGCCCAGCCUCUCCCUGUGCCCUGCUCUGGCCCCUGGUGAAGCAGGCCCAGCAUACACAGAAGUCUGAUUAGGGGCAACGAGGCUCUCGAGUGUGAGGCUGCAUCUGCCGGGCCAAAGGCAAACCGUGGGAUUCUCGGGCCGAUACUGUUAGGCUCUGUGCCCCUCCCCCAGCCACCCCAAGUGCAGCCUCAGAUUUCCAGUAACCCCGAGGUGGCUUCUCAGAGACCCUUGUUUUGUUUUUGUUUUUGUUUUUGUUUGCAAACGCUGCUCUUGGCAGGUUUCCAACUCUCUGUCAGCAGCGUACCUCCCCUCAAAUGGCUGGGAAGAGCAUGAUCUGUCAUCUUGUGUGUAGUUUUCUGGAAGUUGUCACCAUUCACAAGUGUCAUUAUUUGUAUAUUGUGCUGCUGUCUGGCUGCUAGGAGCCCUUCGUCUGCACAAACCCGGGCCAGAUGCGUAUGAAUGUGUGGCGUAUCUUAGCUCAGAACCUGCAGCUUCCACCUUCCCUCUCUGCCACUCACCUCUCUGGCCGGAUUCAUUGGCUGGUGCUCACUGCUCACUCUACCCCCAUGAAAGGUACAAGCUGCAGUUUAUUCACUUGUCUUCAAGUGAUGAUCCCAGAAAGGAACAUGGGGAAAUCUUCCCUCCGUCCCCAUUCUCCUGGCUUACUUUUUUCUUCCCAAACGUCUCCCUUCCUGAAUUGUAGAAUAUCUACUCUGUAUAACACUACGUAUUCACCUCAUGUUUUUUGGAAGUGCAAAAUCUCAAUUUGUGUCUGUUUACAGCUCUCUCUAUUCACUGCUCACAGCAAAGCGGUCUGUAUCAGUGGCUUGUAUUUCGCAGCCGAUCAGAUGUUAAGGCGAGCCCCCAGCAUCGGCCCCGGUCAGAACCCGACGCCACUUCCUGACAGCGGAGACACAUGGUACAAGUCGCGUGACCUCGUGAUUAGGGAGUCGGCUCCAAGUCUGCCUUAGAAUUAAAUUUUCCAAAGUACAUUACAAAUCUCCAAGACCGUUAGGGGAAAAGGAGAGGGUGUGGCUUGUCUUUGAAAUCAUGGUCAAUACUUCUAGACAAUUUAAUUAGUCCUGCUGGUUGCAGGGCUGCUUGCUCCGACAGCAUCGGCCUGUGGUAUUUCUUCCCUGUUCUUUGUACCACCGGGUCAUUAUCUGGCCAGGGUAUGUAAGUGGUGCUGAUAUGUGGUCACCAGAACGGGGGCGCGGGGAAACGAGGGUUGAGGGUGCCUGCUGUAAGCCGUGUUCUUUUGUUGAAAUCAAGGCGAUGCUGGGGAAACUGUUUUUAGCGAACAACGAAUUUAUGUGACUCUCUUGUAAACCAUGUCGAUGAAUGUGCAAAUAAGACGAAUAUGAAAAACUGCCAUCCAACAGGUGUUGGUAACCAGACGGUACCGUGUAUAUUAUACCGCGUAUGUGCCUACGUGGGUGUCAUUUCUCACAGGGUAUGUGUAGAGAGGUAGAUCAUGCAGGAGCUCACAGAAGAAUUUGUUUUGGGUUCUGCACUUGGAUCAUGUGUUAAACUUUUCCUUCCUCAAUAAAUGAAUUUUAUUUUUUAUUUUUGA